AUGGACCCUGAGAUCCCUGGAAAUCAAUGGACCUCCAAUAGCCAAUGGCAAGGUCCACCCUCAAAAGAUGAUAUGAAUCUGCUGCAUGCUCGACUCACAGGUGAAAUUUAUCCUAAUCCAUCAAGCUUGAUCAAUGCCACACUCUUCAAUGACCCUAUUAAUUUCCCACUAAAUCAAUCAAUCUAUGUAGAUGCAACUCAAAAUAUGCGUUAUCUCCUCAAUUGUGGUGGCUUUGAAUCUUACAAGUUUGGCUGCAACAGAUUUGGUGCUCAAAUGGCUACUCAAAUUCUGACUUGUCAAUUACAACCAAAUUCAACCCAACAAAGAUACACAAGAGCAAAUGUCACAUUAGUUUUAGUUGGAAGUUUAAAACCUGGGAAAUUUGAGGAUUUGAUGAAGGGCCAAAAUGAGAUCAGUCAAUAUGCUUUGGAAGACUUAGUUUUGAAGGUUAAAGUCAAAGGUACUAAUUCUAAUGGGAAAUUAGUUUAUGAUGAUUUAAUAGGUUUACUUGGGGAGUAG